AAGAAGGAUUUGUGUGCCAAAGAGGAAGGUAUGAGAGAAAUAGAGAACAGUGUGUGAGAAAGAGGUAUACAUGAGAGGGGUGUGAGAGAGAUGUGUGAAAGGUGUGCAUGAGAGGGAAAGACAUGGCUAUGUCUGUGAAAGAGGUCUCAAAGGGAAAGGUUGUGAGUAUGCGAGAGAGGUACGUGUGUGUGUGUGUGAGAGAGAGAAAGGUAUAUGUGUGAGAGAUAUGUGUGAAAAAGGUAUAUGUGUGAGAGAUGGGUGUGAGAAAGAGAAGUGCUUAUGUCUGUGAAAGAGGUGUGAGAGGUGUGUGUGUGUGUGAGAGAGAGAAAGGUAUAUUUGUGAGAGAUGUGAGAAAGAAGUGUUUAUGUCUGUGAAAGAGAUGUGAGAGGUGUGUGUGAGAGAGAGAAAGAAAGGUAUAUUUGUGAGAUGUGUGUGAGAAAAGUGUUUAUGUCUGAAAGAGAUGUGAGAGGUGUGUGUGUGAGAGAGAAAGAAAGGUAUAUUUGUGAGACAUGUGAGAAAAGUGUUUAUGUCUGUGAAAAGGGUCUGAGAGGUAUGUGUGAUUGAGAGAGAGAGAGAUGUGUGAGGGAGAGAAAGUGUUCAUGCCUGUGAAAGAGGUCUCAGAGAGAAAGAUGGUGAGUGUGUGAGAGAGUUACAUAUGUGUAUGAGAAAGACAUAUGUGAGAGGUUUCUGGGAGAGAAAGAGGUGUGUGUGUGUGUAAGAGAGAGGUACAUAUUCCCAGCUAUAUCUCUAAGAGACAAGGAGGAAUAUAUAAGAAUGAUCAAGUGUGUGAGAUUAUGGUAGUGAGUAGUUGUGAGUGUGUGAGAGAGAAAUACAUAUGUGUGUGAAUAAGGUAUGUGUGUGAGAGAGAAAGAGAAGUGCUCAUGUCUGAGAGAGGUCUCAGAAAGAUUGUGAGUGUGAGCCGGGUAUAUAUGUGUGUGAAAGAGAAAGGUAUAUGUCUGAGAUGUGUGUGAGUGAGAAAGAGAGAAGUGUUUGGUUCUAUGUGAGAGAGGUCUCUGAGAGAGAAAAGUGUGUGUGUGUAAGUGAGAGGUAUAUGUACCCAUAGAUACCUCUCUGAGAGAGGAAGGGGAGUAUAUAUGAGAAAAGAUCGGUGUGUGAGAGAUGGUGGGAAAAAGAGGUUGUGAGUGUGUGAGAGAAAAGGUAUAUGUGUGAUAGGUGUAUGAGAAAGAGAAACGUAUUUGGCUGUAUGCAAGAGAGGUUUCUGGGAGAUAGGGGUGUGUGUGUGUGUAAGAGUGAGGUAUAUAUUCCCCUACAUACCUCUCUGAGAGAGAAAGAGGAAUAUAUAUGAGAAAGAUCAGCGUGUGUGAAAUGAUGGGAGAAAAAGGUUGUGAGUGUAUGUGAGUGAGGUAUAUAUAUGAGAGAGGGAGGUGUGUGAGAGAAAGACUUGUGUCUGAGAGCUGUGUGUGAGAGAGGGAAAUGGAGAGCUAUAUGUAUGUGAGAGAAAAAUGUGUGUGUGAGAGAGGUAUGUGUGAGAGAGAUUCCUGCACUUGUGAGUUUGGUUUGUGUGUGUGUGCCUGCGCAGCCUCCCCUCUACCCUGUUCCGCCUCCCUCUCCAAAUGCAAUGCUUCCCCCCCUUUCGAGAUCUCUCUUUCUCUCUCUGUUUCGCCCUCCAUCUGUGUCUACUUCACCAGAGCUUCACACCCUUGCGAUGCACACACCGGUGUGCACAGCCUUGGUGUCUACUGCAGUCCCUUUCAUGCCGGCUCAGAACGUGUCCAUGGCUAGGAUUGCAGCCAGGAUAGAAGUCUAGACGCUCUGAGGAUGACAUCAGGUUGAGAAAAGAACGAGACCAUUAUUGUGCCAAUUUCCUAGAGCCUGCUGGUGUUCGUUCAACAAAGGAAGAGAACAUGGAAAUUGAAGCCCUUGCCUCAGAACAUAAAAGCAUCACAGUGGGGACUGCAACACAUGCAGUGGACAGUCAAACACACUUCUUUUCUCCUGCUGCCAGUCACAAUGGACUUAGAGAUAGACAUGAAUCCUUAGAUAGUGAGGUUGCUAAAGAGAUUCGAUAUCUUGAUGAGGUGCUUGAAGCAAACUGUUGUGAUUCUGCUACUGAUAACCCCUUUAAUGGAAUGACCUCCUCCUCUCCUGAGACAAGUUCAUCCAUUGUUAUGGAAGGCUCUGGUCCAUCCAUUCGUGUUACAAAUGAUUCCACAGCACUCAAUAAAAGUGACCUCAUUGUAUUUGGCAGACAAGUCAUUGAGCAUGGUGAAAUGAAUGUAGUAUCCAGGAAGCUAAAACCAAAUGGCCAUUCUGUGGGUGUACUGCAAGAAGAACACUGCGACAUCCUGAAAGUGCCAGUAAGUCCAUGCUCUUCCACAAGUUCAAGGUCUUCCAAAGAUGGAGAUCCUGUAUUAUCUACUAUUAAGAAAGAAGCUAAGUUUGAACUCAGAGCGUUCCAUGAAGAGAAAAAGCCAUCCAAGCUCUUUGAGGAGGAGGAUCCAAAAGAGAAUUACCGAGUGCGUAAAUUGAGGCCCUCUGAAGAAAUGAUAGAGCUGGAAAAAGAAAGGAGGGAACUCAUCCGAAGCCAGGCUGUAAAGAAGAACCCGGGCAUUGCAACAAAGUGGUGGAACCCACCACAAGAGAAAACCCUGGAGGAACAGCUAGAUGAGGAACAUUUAGAGUCUCACAAAAAAUAUAAAGAACGCAAAGAGAAGCAGCAGCUGCAACCAUCAAUGCCUGUGAAACAUGUCUCGUAUUCCUUUGCGCCGCCUGAUCCAAUUAACACUAAGAAGGAUGAUGUUGUCACAGAGCAAAUAGAUUUUUCAGCAGCACGGAAGCAAUUUCAAUUGAUGGAAAAUUCUGGCCAACCAAACAACACAACUGCACCCAAGAGAUCAGGGACCCCCAAAAUGUUCACAGUCCAACCCUUCUACAAACCAAUAGGGCCAUCUCAAAUGGACCGGCGACCGGUCUCAAUAACCAAACCUGUCUCUCUGUAUGGGCAAAUUAUAGAGGCUGGCAAUAAUGAUGUAACAAUUGUAAAGGCUGAAAAGGUUUCUUGCAUCUCAGAUGACAACAAUGUUGAGAAUAUCUCUGGUGACCCAGAGCCAGUGUCUCUGUACAUUGAUCCUACAAAGACUAGCCAGACCACAAAAAUAUGGUCAGAAGAUAGUGAAUUCACAAGUGCAAAAGCAGUGUUUACAGUUGUGAGAGAUGAUGAACAGGGUAUAUUAGAGCAGUUCUCAAGGUCGGUCAAUGUGUCUUCCCCACCUGAAGAACUAGACUCUGGCUUAGAUGAAUUAUCUGUGAGAUCUCAGGAUACAACUGUUUUGGAAACACUCUCCAAUGACUUUAGCAUGGAUAAUAUCAGUGAUAGUGGUGCCUCCAAUGAAACAAUGAAUGCCCUUCAGGAAAAUUCACUUGCUGAUUUCUCUUUGCCCCAGACGCCUCAAGCUAACACACCUUCUGAAUAUCAAGGAGAAGGCAUCUCAAAGUCACUCAGUGACCAUGGUUUUUAUUCUCCUACCGACUCCAUGCUCAUUGAUGAGCAGCUUGAACACCAGGCUGGUCUACUGGUUCAAAAUGCCAUUCAACAAGCCAUAGCUGAGCAGACUGGCAAAAUAAGCACCAAGCAUGUGAAAGACACCACAAAUGAAAGAAACAUUCAGGUCAAGGAGGAUACAAACAAGACACUGUGUUCUGAAAAACAGCUCCAUUCAGCAUUUCAACCACCUCAGGUGUCAUCUCCUGUACAAGAAAAACGAGAUGCUGCACCAAAGUCUCCAGCAGCCCAAGACUCUGCACUCAGGGAAAAGCCAACAUUUCAGCCGCCUCUUAUUGCCCAUGCCACUAAAUCAGUCACUGUGGAGGAAACAAAGCCAGAAGUUAGCUAUUUCAGCAAAUAUUCAGAAGCAGCUGAGCUUAGGAGCACGGCUUCCAUUCUGGCUAUGCAAGAAGCCGAAGUGACCGUAGGACCUUUCAAACUAAGGUCAAAAAAGCAGAGGACUUUGUCCAUGAUAGAAGAAGAGAUUCGUGCAGCCCAAGAAAGAGAAGAGGAACUGAAAAGACAGAGGCAGGGCAUGCAGCUAGCACGUAGCCCUGUUGCAAAGAAUGUACCUUCACUACCCACCAGAACUGUGUCUUACAAAACUGCACCAGGUAAAAUAGAGAAGAUCAAGCCACCUCCAUCCCCAACCGCUGAAGGUCCCCCCUCGCAUUCGGACCCAGCAUCAGAUGAAUCUGGAGGAUCCCAAAGGCCCAAGAAUCUGAUGCAGACUCUUUUGGAAGAUUACGAAACUCACAAAACCAAGAGGCGAGAUAAAAUGGAUGAGAGCAGUUACACCUCUAAAUUACUGUGUAACAAGGUUACUUCUGAGGUCCUUGAGGCAACUAGAGUCAACCGUAGGAAGAGUGCCCUGGCGCUGCGGUGGGAAGCUGGCAUUUAUGCCAACCGAGAGGAAAAUGAAUAGCAAUCUUGAUAAAAUGAGAGAGCUCUUUUUAAAAAAAAAUUGCAGAGAAUUAAGAAACCAAAUAGGAAAGCAAGGUUUUAAAUUUUACAAAGCUACACCAUUUUAAUCUGAUAUUUAUUACCACUCUACCAGUCUCUGCAAUUCAUGUUCAAGACAGGAACAGUCCAUAUAUAAUGUAUGUAUCCAUAUGUAUACACGCACAAACACACAGAACAGUUAUGCUCAAAAAAGCAUCUGCUUAACCCCCUCUCCCCAAAAACAAACCUGAAUAAGAAGAGUAGAGCUGAUUUUACCACUAGAGAUCAGAAAUUGCAACAGCCAUAAUGCAAAAGGACAACACAUUUUGGAAUGAGAAGAAUUGACACCUUAUCUUCUUCGCAGUCUUGUAUUUGGAACAAAGGGAGUUUGACGUAUGGACCAUUAUAUCAGAAGAGGACUCCUCAUGCGGACAUAUACACGUCGGUUCAAGCAUUGUUUAAACUUGAACCACAGCUCUUCAUCCCAUUUGUGGUGUUUUAAGAGGAGGGCUAUUAUUCUGUUAUAUCCUAGAGAUAGCCAUAGCAUAUCAAGAUAGAUCUGUAUAUAUUUGCUGUUCUUAAAAAAAAUAGGGGGGAACUUUUGAAGUCAGUUAAACUGAUUGAAAAAGCAAGCAAAAAAGAGGCUGUUAAUUUGCAAGUGUGAAUGUAUAAUCCAUAUAUUUAGCCAUAAAAUACAUUUGUCCUAUUCUUUUGAAAGAUGGCAAUAGGAUGGGCAGUUGACGGACUGUUCUUUUUUUCUUCUUGACUUAUCAUAGGCAAAAAACUUGCAAAUUUGCCAUCACGUAUUUCCAUAAUCAGUAUGCUAACUACAGGUUUAUUUUCAGUAUUUGCAGCAGCAAAUCAGUAGGUAGGUUAGAAGAGGUAGAAAGAAAUGCCAAAUCAGGAUGUCUUAGUUUUAGUGGUCCGCUUGCAGGUAUUUGAGCGCUUCUUUCUGGGUGUAUAUUUGCAUUGUCAUUUAUGUUUAAUGAACAGCAGUUGCUACCACGGUGCAGCCGGGGAUACACAAUAAAACUGAGUUAGAAAGGGUAAGGGCAGAAUCCAGGGAUCUGAGUAUUCUUUACCGAGGCAAUAAUUGACCCUCAGAUCAGACUAAUAGAGAUAGGGACUUGAAAGACAAAUAGUUAUAUCUUUAAUUAUAUUUAUGCUACAUAUAAAAGUGUUUUUGUUAAUAGAGCUGGGAGGGGUGUGAUUUGUGUUACUGGGAAAUGAAAAGUCGGAGAAGGUAACAGGACGACAGAAGAAUAAAAUGAAGGGCCAAAGGAUUAUUUUUGCUGUUCCAACAGUGUUUUCAGAGCUAAAAGAUUAUAUAGGAGUUGUAGUUGAAAUGUAGGCUGAGAAUCUGUGACAAAGGAAUAUACUGUGUGUGUGUGGCUGUGUGUGUGUGUGUGUGGAGCUGGGAUAUUAGGAUGGUGAAGAGAUGUGGUUGUACAGAUUAUUUUCUCCAAAGCUGUUUGCCAGCUCUAGGGGUAUAAACAUUUCUUUUUGUAUUAAAAGGGAUAUAAAAAGGCACUAAACUGAUGCAGUAUUUGUAAUAACAAAGCUGACCUGACAUUGUAUUCGCAUGAAUUAACAUUUCAGAAAGUAUUGGACGGUUUUGUAAUCUGGCAUUUAGAAAAAAGAAAUGUGAUAUUUAUUCUUGUGCUUUCUAGUAUUAGAGGCUGCCAAUUUAUUGUUCCUCUGUUCAAAGAAUGUGGUAGAAAACGUAGUGAUGGAAACUCAUAAUUUUUAGAAUGAAAUCUGACACAUUUGGUGGGACAAUUGGCGGGAAAUGGUACAUGCAUCUUUAAAAUAAAUAAGGUUUUCUGGCUAUUUUUUUAAAGGGAGGUUAAAAAUAUAGUGACCCAUUAUAUAUUUUUUUUCUUUUAUUUCAUAUUAUUCUGUGUUUCAUAUUAUGAGUGGGAUGUUGUGUUCUGAUAUUUUAAUUAGACAGACAAGAAAUUUGCAAGUUUAAAUAAGCUGAACCCUCCCAAUCAUUGUGUAUGUACAUAUACAGCGGUAUAAUGACCCCACCAGCCUUGCUCUUUUCCAUAUUCUGGAUGGAAAAAAUAAAGUAGAAAUGUGUGGAUACAAAUAGCCUUACUCCUUACAUAGCAUUGCCUAUGGUGGGUUUUGAUCAAGUUCCUGAGCCACAGUUUUACAUGUUAUACAGAGCUUCUGUUGCCAGCAGUAGAAAACUCAACAUAAUAAUUUCAUGUUGUACCAUUAUUCUUUUCUUUACCGCAGCAGGCAAUAGGAGAGUCCUGCUAAUAUGCAUGGACUACACUGCUGGAACACAAGCUAAAUCAAGUCCAGGCAUGGUGAAUCCUAUAAUCCUACUAUCCCAUUGAAAAAAAUAUGUUACAUUAAAGAUAUUUAAAGAUGUAUACUCUCUUCUCACUAUAUUUUAGUAAAAGAUUUGGGUGCAAUCCAGCCAAAGUUAAACACUUUUAUCAAUGUCCAUAGAAACAUAUUUUUAACUGUCUGUUGUAGAAAUCAGCAAGAUUUGAAACUUGGUUGUAUGUAAGGAAUUUUCAGUCUCAAUGGAAAAGAAGAAAAAUAGCUGGGAAAAAGGUGGAAGACACAAGCUGCUUCUAAAUUGUCAAUUAAUCCAGAGCAGAAUGCCAGUUUACGAAAUCCAGUUCACUCCGGAGUGCCUACAUAGGAACCAAAAGAACCAGCUGGAAGAUGCAAGAGAAUCCACAUUCUGCUCCAGAUUAAUUGGCUCAGUCAAAACCCAGGAUUUUUUUCUUACCUCCUUGCAAGAUCUACUUAUAUAUACAACCUUCUAGCACUUGCAUCACAGCAAAGCAAGGCACUGAAAUCGAGCAUUCUCAUGGGAAUGCUGUGCUUUCAUUGCCGGGGGAAUCAUUUGCUUAUCUUCCAGUUGGGCUGUGGAGCUGCUUUUUCAUUCUGACUGCUUUCUUACUUCUGUUUACAUUAGCGCUCCACACUUUGCAUUGCUUAUACACAGAAGGAAUUCAGUGGGUUUUAUGGCUUGAUCCAAAAUUUAGGGUGAGUUUUUUUUUAUCAGACUGUUUCUGUCUGGAAUCGCUUUGAAGCUUUCAUUGGGGUGGGGGGUGUUUUUUUAGACACUGACCAUGAGCUGGCUUCAAACCGGAUGUUGGUGCCUGUAUAGGUGGGCCACACAGCAACUAGAAAUGGCAGAGCUGUGAACACCCUGGCAAGCAAAGGCUCUUUUUUUGUUUCCAAUGGAUUUGUUCAGCUAUUAGUAAAAACUGCCUGUACAAUCAAGUUAGGGUAUUGUUCUUAAACUGAAGACCACUGGGGUCUUCUAAACAAAGUGAAAACUUCUCAGAAUUAUGAAGAAGCAGUAAGAUUCUGUGCUGGAAAUACUGUUCAAAUUAAGCUAGCAUUCUUCUUAAAGAUAAAUCAUGGCUGUGGUGAAUUAACAGCUAAUAUUCUGUGCAACCCUUACUGCAAAAUGAUGGUUUUAUCAUGGCGAAAAAUAAAACCAAAGAUGAUAUGUUUGCUUGGAAAUGGAUGUUUUCUUUCCUUUUUCCUAGGUUGUAGUCAACUCAACAUGAAAAAAGGAGUUGUUAAGGAAAUUCCCCUUUUUCUAAAAGCAAAAACAAUAAAAAUGAUUUCCAAAUUA